AUGGCAGGAGAGAAGCACGCGUUUGAACCCAGCUUUUCAUUUAGUCCUCUUCCUUCCAAGAAGUUCUCCUUCCUGCACGACAAAGCCACUUUAGGGUUGUUCAUGAAAUGGUCCAUGUUGGGGAGGAUCUCAGUGCAGGCUUACAGCUUUGACCAGAGCUUCUAUCCUUACAACAGUCAAGACUUUACACUGAGUUUCUUCAGAGACCCUAAUGUGGCAGCCAUGUUGAGGAAGAUGGAGGCCUGGGGAGCCUGGGUGCCUCUUGGUAUCCCAGUGGUGUCUGUUGAUGUGGAGGUGGUGCCGUGCACUAAAGUCUCCAUGGAGCUGUUUGACCCCAUCUACUCUUGUGGGAUCGUGAGGCCCUGUGGCCGUAUUGUCGGUUGCCUCCAUGAUGUCUACCCCGACUAUGACGAGCUCAGACAGAUGCUGCAGGAGGAGGACUCGGAGCACUACUACGUGGUCGGGAGAGAGGAGCGGGGCGAGUUUCUGUUCCGCCUCUUCAAGCACCUGUGCUUGGGAGGAGAGCUCUGUCAGCACGAAGACGCCAUUGAUCCUUACAUCAACACCACAAAGCAAAUCUACAAAGAUCUGAUCAGUGUGCAGAAGGAUCCAGAGAUUAAAGAGAUCAGUGUCAUCUCCACAGUGCUCAAAGUCUGUGCUUAUGAUGAGCACGGGCGAUGUUAUCCUGGGAGACAAGACGAGGAGCAGACAUUUGCCUACAUGAUUAUUGACCCCUUCAAAAGGCACGUGGCUUUGUUGUAUCACUGCUACGGGGUGGGAGACGUCUCGCUGUGA